UUCUGUUGUUUUAGUGCAAGUUUACAAAUCGGCCACUCGUUACGUUUCACGCACGGGACGCGCCUCUCCUGUAUGUAUGUAUGUGUGUGUGUGUAUGUGUGUGCGGGGGAGGACAGGACGGCGUUGAAAUGAAAGCCAUCCCAGUGAACAAUUAGAGCAGCAGAUUGACAGGUGGGCUUUGACUGUCAGGGUGACGCUUGUGGAGGGGUGGAGUAAAGGAGAGGCCGGAAAGGCAGCUGGAUGUGUCUGUCUAUCAGUGGGAGCUGUCUGAACGCACCGCGCAUCACCAAUGUGCGCACAUUUCACUGCGGAGAAUAUCCAGGGACGCUCGAUGCGCUCGUUAGAAUAAAUACCAAUAAACACAAAAAGCAGGGAAACAACCAGACACAGUCUGCGGCUCAGAGGGCGGGUCUGCUCGCUGUGUUUUCUGAUGACUUUCUGAGGAAUUCGUCAAGUGUCCAUGUUGACAAUCGGACGGACAGCGUAUAUAUCGUAGCCGGAGGUUGGAGACCGGGAGCUGGCACCUGGACGGACGGACGGGAGGGAAGAGAAAACACUAGAGCGGCGCAGUUUGGACUCGUCUCCAGAAAACGCAAGAAGAACAGAAGGAGCUCCGUUUUCUCCACUUUUACCCGUGAACAGAGGUAUGAAACAGUCCUGUGAGGGGGUGUAAACCGAUUUUGAUGGAAGCGCGGCGAGGCGAGGGGCUCCGGCUGCUGUCCACAAACACCCCUCGAUAGACUGAGAUCGGAGCUUUUCCGACAGUUUUUCACCCACCCAGCCCGCGAUGAGUUUCUGUGAUCGGCAGAAGUUAACGGACGAGCCCCCAGUUUGCUUUUAAAUAAUCUGUAAUCUACAUUUUCUCAGCGGACAUAUCGAGUCUGAAAUGAUCAGCAGAGAUUAAACCUCCACUUGCAUCGAUUAGAAAAGACUUCUUUACCCCUGCGAGGGAUCUACACUUUGAUUCAGUCAUCCCGCUGAAGAAGAACCGAGGAAACGCUGCUGGCUGUUUAAUUUUUUUUUUUUAUUAUCUCCUCCCGUUGCACCGGUUUCCUCUCCCAGCUUGUCCGCUAUUUUGAUCUCUGCAUGAAAAGUCAAGCGGAAAGUCUUACAGCAGCAUGCCGAGGAGAAAGCAGCAAGCACCGCGGCGGUCAGCAGAGCAAGACCUCAGCAACACUUAUGGACCUGAGGAUGAAUUUAAACUGGAUAAGACUGAUGAAGAGGAACAUCUACAAGAUGACGGCCUUUCUCUGGAUGGACAAGAUGCAGACUAUCUUUUCAAUGAUGAUGAGGAUGCAAGAGAUCAUUUUAGCUGCCAAAACUCUCCACUCAGCAAUGGCACUAACCCAGAUGCUGGGUAUGCCUCUCCACUCAGCACCACCAGUGAUCAACUGGUGGACCUUAAAACCACGUCCUCCUUUAAUGACCAGGACAAGGUAAAGGAGAAGCUAGGGGAGAGUACAGAGUCCAUCAAUGGCCUCUCGCUACAGGACAGUCUGGCACAAAUGAAAGCCGUCUAUGCAAACCUGAUCUCUGAUGCCUCCUGGUCCAGCAUUGCUCUGGAUAUGCUUAAAAAUAAACAAGGGAACAAUUACGCAGCUAGCAACAGCAAUGGGAGCAAUCACAAAGGGAGCAAUGGGUUCCUGACCAGUCACAGCCCAGGCAGCAUCCAUUUGAAGAGCAGAUGUAGCACUAGCCAUGCCUCAGCCACUACUAAUAUUACCACCAGCAGUACUACCACCAGAACAGUGUCAAGCAACAGCAACAGUGGCACCAGUGUAAGCUCUGGCAGCACAGGAGGAUUAGCCUAUGACUGGCACCAGGCAGCGUUGGCCAAAACCCUACAGCAUACACCAUACCAACUCCUUCCUGAGCCGAGCCUUUUCAGCACCGUGCAGCUGUACAGGCAAAACAAUAAGCUCUAUGGCCCUGUGUUUACGGGUGCCAGCAAGUUUAGGUGCAAGGACUGUAGUGCAGCCUAUGACACUUUGGUUGGCCUGACGGUGCAUAUGAACGAGACAGGCCACUACCGUGAUGACAAUAAAGAUACAGAGGAUGAUCGAAGCAAGAAGUGGUCAAAACCACGUAAGCGUUCCCUGAUGGAGAUGGAGGGGAAAGAAGAUGCCCAGAAAGUUCUUAAAUGCAUGUACUGUGGUCACUCUUUUGAAUCCUUGCAAGAUCUCAGUGUUCACAUGAUCAAAACAAAACACUAUCAGAAAGUGCCUCUAAAAGAACCAAUGCCAGCCCUCACCUCAAAGCUGGUACCCCCAACCAAAAAAAGAGCAUUUCAAGACUUGAUGUCCCCGAGCUCACCAGAGUCUGUCUCAUCUGGCAUACUCCUGGGAGAGUCUCCCAAAGACCAAAAAGUGGCCAAUCCUUAUGUCACUCCAAACAAUCGAUAUGGUUACCAAAACGGUGCCAGUUAUACUUGGCAGUUUGAGGCACGCAAGGCACAAAUUCUUAAAUGCAUGGAAUGUGGCAGUUCACAUGACACCUUGCAACAACUGACAGCCCAUAUGAUGGUCACAGGGCACUUUCUUAAAGUAACCAACUCUGCCUCUAAAAAGGGUAAGCAGUUAGUUUUUGAUCCUGUUGUUGAGGAGAAAAUUCAGUCAAUUCCUCUGCCACCAACUACCACACGACUCCCAUCAUCCAAUGGGAAGUCACAGCCUGGCUCACCGCUGCAGCCGACUAGCCCUGAUGAGGAACAUGAAGACAAGAAAGAUGAAGAAGCAGAGGAAGCAAAAAUGGAAUUCAGGGAACCAGAGAAAAAAAUAAAAGAGGAGAAAGAAGACCCCCCUGAAAAAGCUGAAAAACAUGGAAAAACGAGAUCUUACCAAUAUCUGAGAGAAGAAGACUUGGAAGAGGCACCUAAAGGUGGCUUGGACAUCCUAAAGUCUUUAGAGAAUACUGUUUCAAGUGCAAUCAGCAAGGCCCAAACUGGCACACCAACCUGGGGUGGAUACCCCAGCAUUCAUGCUGCUUAUCAGCUCCAUGGAUCCUUGAAGUCUACCUUGCCUUCAUGUGCACAGGUUCAACCUUUGUUCAGCAGCAACAGUUUAAAGGUACUUUCCUCUGAUAUAGGCACUCUGAUCCAUUCACCAAACAGCCCCUCUCCACCCCCAAGUCACAAGAACAACGUGCUGGCCAUGGAGGAGCUAGUUGAGAAAGUGACAGGGAAAAGUUCAGUAAAGAAUGAAAAAGAGGAUAAACCUCUAGAGAAUAAGUGCAGGUCUGCAAAGUCUCCAUUGCCAAAUCCUAAGGAAAAACGGGCUUCACCCAAUCCAGAACACCUCUCAAAAGGAGUGAAAAAUACUGCAGUAGAAACCCAGACUGAGUUGAGAAGCAAAGAAGGAGAGCAGACAGAAAGUAAAGUAGAGACACAGAUAAAAAGUGAAGUUGAUUCACCAAAAAGGCCUGUAAGCAAUGGCUGCAAUAACCUGAGCAUCAUCACAGAUCACUCACCUGAACAACCACUUGUAAACCCUCUCAGUGCUUUGCAGUCUAUCAUGAACAACCAUUUGGGGAAAGCUGCAAAAGUGGCCACCCCAUUCAUAGACCCCUUUGCAAUGCUUUAUAAGAUCAACAACAACUCUGCUCAGAUGAAGUCAGCAGAGCCUGUGAGCCAUGAUGAUGAUGAUCAGCCCAUGGACUUGACAAAAUCCAAAAAUACCAAUGGAAGUACACCUAAGGGUAUUUCGUCACCAAACAGCAAUGAGAGCGUAAACAACAGCAAACCUGUUUUCAAAACCUUCUCACAGUCUUCAUCUCCACCUCUGCGGGAGAAUGCUUUGAUGGAUAUUUCAGACAUGGUAAAAAAUCUGACGGGCCGUUUGACACCAAAGUCUACGACCCCUUCUUCCAUCUCUGAAAAAUCAGACAUUGAUGGGUGUACAUUUGAGGACAGCUUGGAGGAGCUGUCUCCCAUCCAAAGGCGAAAAGGUCGACAGUCAAACUGGAAUCCACAGCAUCUCCUGAUUCUUCAGGCCCAGUUUGUCUCUAGUCUUAGGGAGACUCCUGAUGGAAAGUUUGCAAUUAGUGACUUGGGACCCCAGGAACGGGUCCACAUCUGUAAAUUCACUGGUCUCUCCAUGACUACUAUCUCACAUUGGCUGGCCAAUGUAAAAUACCAAUUAAAGCGGACAGGGGGAACAAAAUUCCUAAAAAAUAUUGACUCUGGCCAUCCUCUGUUUUUGUGCAGUGACUGUGCUUCCCAGUUCAGGACUCCCUCCUCGUACAUUCAUCAUUUGGAGUCCCACCUUGGGUUUACCCUUAAAGAUCUCUCAAAGCUUUCCAUAGAUUUAAUAGAGCAGCAAGCAGUCAGCAGGUUAGAGGACAAGACUUUCAUUUCCUCUGGACUUACAGAAGAAGACACUGGCUCAGUUUAUCAGUGCAAACUGUGUAAUCGGACAUUUGUGAGCAAACAUGCAAUCAAAUUGCACCUUUGCAAAACACAUGGGAAGUCUCCAGAGGACCAUCUUAUCUUUGUGAAAGAGUUGGACAAGUUUGACAAACAAUGAAGAUAAAGCUGAUAGCAUGACAGAUUAACUGUUGCACUAUAACUCUAAGCUACAAUUUGUCAUAACGGAUAGUGCCACAACUGUAUUGAGCAUUGUUAUAACAUAUAUUAUAAUGAAAACAUGGUAGCUUUAAUACCACAUUCUGUAAUUAUUCAGUUAUUCAUAAAUGAGAAAGCCUCGCAUUGCAGAGGCGCAAAGCUACGUUGUAAAAGUUGGUGACAUAAACGUACCAAAUUGGUGCAUCAGCCAUGGCACUAUGUAGUCACUGACUGAUUGUUGCUUUCCUAAUGCACUGCAUCUUAUCUGAGCCUUUGGAAAAAGUCCAUCUGUUGUUUUAAAACUGGACCAUGCUCUUAUUUUGAUCACUGUUUUUGAAUGAUUUUUUUUUCUUUAAGAUAAAUAUAUUUCAACACAACUUGCAUAUUAUUUAUGAGACAGUCUGUGCAUGUUUUAUGUAAAACCGUGAGCAUAUUGUGUCUAAUGAAAUUUCAACCACGAUGAGAAAACUGAUCCCUGUUUAACAAAUUGCAAUUGUAGAUGUUUAUAUGAAGGUAUAUGCUAAAGAAAGUAGCCACAUGAAAGAUGAUGUUUCAGCACUUUAAGGAAGUGUAAAUUGAUGAAGAAAUGUAUGGGGAAAAAUGACAACACAUCGCCCUUUUGAUUUGAAAUUACCUUGAUCAACAUGGCAAUUUGGGGGACUAACUAUGAUAUUGUUUUGUAUUUGCCAUUAAAUCACAGAAAUUCUUACACAAUGUUUAGAAUAUUUGUUUCUCUAGUAAAAUAUCAUUUCCUGGUUGUUUCAACAUGUACAGUAUUUGCGUUAGUAGGCUACCAAUUUUAUUAUUGUGAAGCUACAGUUGUAAAAUUAAUGAAGUUUAAAACUUAUUGUAUGAAUAAUCAGCAAGUAUGUAUACAUGUAUGUCAGCAUAUCUUGCUCUUUACAGUUCAACAUUAUUUGUACUGUGUGCAUUUUUAUAAUGUUAUUUUCUAGACAAAUAUGGGGGGAAAUGUAUAAAAGUAUAGAAUAUUGUCGGACCACAAAGUCCUUUUUCAGUGAAAAGUAGGUCCUUCAAUGUGGUUUACAUAAAAUGACAGAACUUUACUGGCAUCUGCUCUGAUGUAUGGUACUGUACAUAACAUUGAAAAAAAAAACAAAAAAAGAAAUUCUCACCCAGUGAUAGAUUUCCAGGUUUUAUCAUCAACCUGAUUAUUCAGAAUGGCUUUCUUUUAUCCUCGGUUGUAAAAUAAACUCCAUGUCUUGGAUUAAA